AUGGAUAAACAAGGUUUCAAGAUGAUAUCUUUAGAAAUCUUCUGUCACAGUCAAGUUGAAGAAACGUCUCCACUACUUAAAGAGGGACCUGCAAACUAUUUUUAUUCAGCUGUUCCAAUGGGAUUUUCUCUUAGUAAAUCUGCUACUCAGAUAUCUGCUAUGCGUAUGGAUUCAAAAGUGGAUGAUCACUUAAUGCAAGGGACUGAGAAAAGCAAAUUGGAACCAGUGACUCAGUUAUUUCAAAACACCAAGAAAAUAAGAUUAGAAGACACAAACCAAGAAAACUUUACAAGGAGCAAAGAUACUGGCACAGGAUCUCUUUCAGAGAAAGCCUUGGGUUCAGUGGUGUAUGUUAAAGAAAGUGAUGGAAUAGAAAUGAUAGAUGUGGAAUGAAGUUAUUUGUGUAUGUUACCAAAGAAACCAAAAGUUGCUUUUGACUAAGAGGGCCUGUUGAAUGAGAACUUAACCUUAUUAUGAAAACCUAACAAAAUGAAGGAAGACGAUUGCUUAUUUUUCACUAUUUAUGAAUCACUGUAGAUUGCACUUUUUGAUGAUACAUAUUCAGAAAAGUUGCUUUAGAGAGAAGAAGCUUUCCAAAAUUCAAAGAAGGUUUCUCUGGUAUUAUAUUCUGUCCUUGUCAAAAAAUCAGAGUUUUUGUGUAACAGUAUUUAAAUGGCACCAAAACAUUUUAAUUAUAAUGUAUUUCUCUAACAAGUGAUCAAAAACCCAAAAAACAGUGCCCAAACAAUUUGACAUCAGUAUUUCACAUGAUUUCUGGUGUACUGAUUUUGUAUGUUGAAAUUCCAGUUAGGGAUUUUGCUUUAGAAUACUUUAUCUUCUUGCAUUUUUUCAUGUCUGUUCUGUUAAAGAUCACUGGCAGCUAAACUCAAAGACCAGUAAAUUACAUACCUUGAGAAGCAUUUCACAUUUCAAAUCAUCCUUUUAAAACUUUUUUUUCACCCACGUGGAAUUCAUUUCAGAGUUCACAAAAUAGUUUUUUCUAAGUGUAAUAAUUUAUCUUGCAGAUGUUACCAUUUUAUACCACCAAUAUUUAAUAUAAUAAAACAGCCUAGUUGUUAAAAAAAAUUCUUGUUUUGUAUGUAUCAGUUUACCAUUCUUAUUAAAACAUCUAGUAGUUUGAAACAGCAGUAUUGUCCCAAGUAAUGUAAGCUGAAGUUAAAAACCAUUUGUGUCUGGACAAACAGUGACCUAUAAAUAUUUCUAUUAUGUAUGGUUUGAACAUUUUCCUGUACUUUAAUAUUUACUGGUGAUCUCUAAUGCUCAAUUGAGUAAUCUCCUUAAUAUUCA